UCUAGGAAAAUGGCAAAGGAUGGAGAAAAAGGCGAGUGGAGUGAGUAUAUAUGGAACCCGAGGACGAGGGAGUUUCUGGGCAGGACAGCCAGCAGCUGGGGUCUCAUCCUUCUCUUCUAUGUAGUUUUCUACAUCUUCCUGGCCGGCCUAUUUGCGCUCACCAUGUACGUCAUGCUGCAGACUUUGGAUGACCACAAGCCAACCUGGCAGGACCGGCUCACUACGCCAGGGAUGGUGAUUAGACCCAAAGCCGAUGAGACUUUUGAGAUUAUCUAUAACAUCCAGAAAACCGAAAGCUGGGAUCUGUACGCUCAAGCCCUGGACAAGUUCCUGGAACCCUACAACAGCAGCAUCCAGGACCAGAAAAACGACGAAUGCAUACCAGACCAGUACUUCCUGCAGGAGGACAGCGUCGAUGUAAAGAACAACCCCAAGCGUUCCUGUCAAUUCAAACGUAACGUUCUGCAGGACUGCUCAGGACUCAAUGACCGUUACUACGGAUACCAGGACGGCAAGCCGUGCAUCAUUAUCAAGAUGAAUCGGGUGAUUGGAAUGUUGCCAGGAAAGGAUGGACAGGCUCCCUUCAUCACCUGUGGUGCAAAGAGGUACAAAGUUGGAAAAAAUGAAUGGAGAGAAGACACUGACAAAAUUGGAGAAAUGGUUUACUUUCCUGCCAAUGGCACCUUCAACCUUAUGUACUACCCUUACUAUGGCAAGAAAGCUCAGGUGAACUAUUCCCAGCCUUUGGUUGCCGUCAAGUUCCUUAACAUCACCGUCAAUGAAGACGUCAACAUCGAGUGCAAGAUCAACGCCAACAACAUUCCCGCCGGAAGCGAAAGAGACAAGUUUGCCGGUCGAGUGUCUUUCAAGCUGAGGAUCAACACCAUUAACUAG